AUAAAAUCACUUCAUAUCAAAACACAUCCUUAGAAGCUGUAAAAGACAAUUGUUGUUCGUGGGCAAGUUUGGGCUUAAAUCAUGGGCUGAUUUGGGCUACUGAAAACAAAUGAGUUUAGUUGGGUCGUGCCAAAACUUAUCCCAUCAUUAAAGUAGCUCAUGUCCAACCCAUUAAAACCUGGAUGGGUCAAAUGGGUUUGUGCCACUUUUGCCACCCAUAAUUUUAAUUCUACUUGUUUUUGUAAAAUGGUAAACUUCGUUUGUAUUUCCGAGAUUUUAAAUGAGCACAUGAACAUGAAGUCCGACAAAUAUAUUAUUCAAAUAUAAAUUGUAUAUGUAUGUUAACAUAAAAAUAGAUCCUUUAAAUUUUUAUGAUGGCCACAUUUAUUUUGUUGCAGGUAGUUUUUAUUGCAGGAACAGAGACCUCAUCAACAACCAUCCAAUGGGUAAUAAGGCUUCUUGUAGCUCACCCUGACACAUUAUAUAAGCUACGAGCUGACAUUGACAACAAAGUUGGGAACAAACGCUUGCUGAACGAAUCUGACCUCAACAAGCUUCCGUAUUUGUAUUGCGUUGUUAAUGAGACAAUGAGAUUAUAUCCUCCGGUACCACUUCUAUUGCCUCAUUUUUCAACUGAAGAUUGUAUUGUUGGAGGAUAUGAUGUACCAAAAAAUACAUUGCUAUUUGUUAACGCUUGGGCCAUUCACAGGGAUCCCAAGGUAUGGGAGGAGCCUGACAAGUUUAAGCCAGAAAGAUUUGAGGCAACGGAAGGAGAAACAGAAAGGUUCAAUUAUAAGUUUGUACCAUUUGGAAUGGGAAGAAGAGCGUGCCCUGGAGCUGAUAUGGGAUUGCGAGCAGUUUCUUUAGCAUUAGGUGCACUUAUUCAAUGCUUUGACUGGCAAAUUGGGGAAACAGAAAGCUUGGAGGAAAGCUAUAAUUCUAGAAUGACUAUGCAAAACAAGCCUUUAAAGGCUGUCUGCACUCCGCGCGAAGAUCUUGUCCAGCAUCUAUCCAACCUCUGAGGCAAUUUGUCUAUGCCAAAUGUAAACUUCUAUACCCACUAUGCUACACACGUAUGAUUUGAUGCUCUUUAUAAGGUAUUUGUCACUAUUCUGUUCUGCUAUUUUUGUGAAAAGUUAAUCAACAAUGGAUGAUAAAUAAGAAAUAAUUCAAAGGUUAUGUUAAUAAAGAGUAAAUGCCGGAGAGAAAAAAUCGAUUACAAGAUGUUUUACUUUCUCUUAGUAGUAUUUCGUAUCUUGAAUAAAAAUGAUGAAUGUUUGAUCUGA